ACCGGGUGUUAACCGUUGUUCUAACGGCAGGAGAAGCAAAACGGUUAACGACUUAAGUUUACCUUUGGUGCUGUUUGAAUGUGACCCUUUAAUUAGCUGCUUAUUACUGUAUAUUUUAUAAAGAGAAUUACCCCGUGUGAAACAGAACUUUACUUAGUCCAAAUGAUUUCAGCUGACUUGGCUCCUUUGUACGUCAACGUGGCCGCCAUUUUGGAGAUGGAAACACGAGCCACUUGCACUACUCAGGCGGACCCAACCUUCAAUGUCCCUGGAUUUAAGGAGUAACAGAAUUGUCUGCGACACCUCUGCGUGCUCUUGGUUCAGUUUGCGUUUCUGUGCCUUUUAGCUGCCCUGUCUCUUUAAGGCCUUCAUGUUACCGGAAGUGCGAGGGGUGUUUCCAGCUGAUCUGAAUGACAGAAGUAGCAGGAUCUCCCUAACACACCGAGCUGUCUGUCUGCUGUUGUUCUCGGCCGCCGCAGCACAGCGCACCGCUCCUGACCUACAGCGGCCUCUUGGCGCCAAGAUUACAAUCCAAUCCGGAGUAAAUUUGAAGGAGAACCGGGGGAUAUCCCGGUGUCCCCCUUUUUCUGGUCCUCCUUGUAGCCGUUAGUUAGCUGCCGUGAACCGGUACCGUGGGCUGCUUUUAGCCCGGACUGUCAUGAUCCCAGCUCGGAGAUGGCGUCCUUCCCCGGUUUGUGUAAGGCUGUCGGGCCCGCGGAGGAGGAGAACGGAGAGCUGGACGGCUCCCUGCAGCAGAUGCUGAAGGCCAUCGCCGACGAGAGGAACCGACUCAACAGCCGACAGGAGAUCAGCGGACUCGGCUGUUUUAAAGAUGACCGCAUCGUUUUCUGGACCUGGAUGUUCUCCACCUACUUCAUGGAGAAGUGGGCGCCGCGGCAGGACGACAUGCUGUUCUAUGUCCGCAGGAAGCCUGCAUAUGUCGGCGCAGACAACGGCGAGGCCAAAAAGGUGGAGGUGGAAGUCUACAGGAGAGACUCCAAGAAGCUUCCAGGUCUUGGUGACCCAGACAUCGACUGGGAGGAGAGCGUCUACCUAAAUCUGAUCCUCCAGAAGCUGGACUAUGUGGUAACGUGUGCCGUCUGCACGCGCUCAGACGCCGGAGACAUCCACAUCCACAAGAAGAAAUGUCAGGAGGUUUUCGCCUCUCCCAGUAAACACGCCAUGGACAUCAAAGGAGAGGAGUCCAAGAUGAGCUACCCCAACAUCUUCUUCAUGAUCGACAACUUUGAAGAGGUGUUCAGAGAUAUGACUGUGGGUGAAGGCGAGAUGGUGUGUGUGGAGCUGGUGGCGAGCGAUAAGAGCAACACUUUCCAGGGCGUCAUCUUCCAGGGAUCCAUCCGCUACGAGGCGCUCAGGAAGGUUUACGACAACCGGGUGAGCGUCGCUGCUAAGAUGGCCCAGCGGAUGUCCUUUGGCUUCUACAAGUACAACAACAUGGAGUUUGUGAGGAUGAAGGGGCCACAGGGCAAAGGUCAUGCUGAGAUGGCUGUCAGCCGGGUGCCGACAGGCGACACGUCUCCCUGCAACACGGAGGAGGACCAGGUGUCCCCGAUGCACGAGAGGGUGACGUCGUUCAGCACGCCUCCGACCCCAGAGAGGAACCGUCCGUCCUUCUUCUCUCCGUCGCUGAGGAGAAAAGUUCCCAGAAACAGGAUCGCAGAGAUGAAGAAGUCUCACUCCGCCAACGACAGCGAGGAGUUCUUCAGGGAGGAGGACGACGAAGAUAUUCACGCGACCACCAACCUUCGGUCGCGCUCGCUGUCUGGAACCGGCCGCUCACUAGUCGGAUCCUGGCUCAAACUGAACCGGGCUGAGGAUUACUUCCUACUUUACUCACACCUGACCUACGUCACGCUGCCGCUGCACCGCAUCACCACAGACAUCCUGGAGGUGAGGCAGAAGCCCAUCCUGAUGACAUAACAGAGCUGGAUUCCCCCUCAGAGCAUCUUUACAAAGUGCCUCCACCAUCAGGCCACUGAAACAGCAGCGCCCCCUGGUGGCCGGACGGAGACCUGCAAUCAAUCGCCAGCUUCACUCAGGAGACGACCGAGGUGCAGAGACGCUCCACAGACAAACCAGCCAUUCAGGAAGUGCCUCCUCUUCUGUCCGAUGCCCAGCCGAGCCCAACGUUGUCUCCGUGGAAACGGACCAUCUGACCUCAGCGUGAACAGGCAUUGGCCGAACUCUGACCAGGAGGAAGAGGGAAAUGAAUGUUUGUUUUUUCUUGUAAAUAUCUGCUGCUUUACUCACUGAGACGCCUUGACUGAAGGUUGUGCUUUUAAAGACCGUCGUCUGUUGCCGAGCGACGCGUCACACAGCUCCUCUUUUCUAAUGUCCUUCACUGCGUUCGGCUGACCGUCCAUCAUGUGGGAUUUUAUCGCCACAAACACGAAGCAUCUGGGUCAAAAUCCAACUUUAUCCUGUUAGAACUAAUACACGUUUUGCAUUUACUCUUUAAUCUCAUGGGAGUUGUAAUAAAGUUGAAAAUGUCAAAUUGGGAAUAAAUUCUCAAUAAGGAAAUUGAUUUGUAAAAUUGUAACUUUAAGGAAAAAUAAAUUUUUUGUUCACAUUUGGAUCACUAAGCAGUCAAUAAGCAGGUUGUUCUCUCUUUUUUUACAUAAACAUUAUAUAAUAAAAUACUGUAGCUGUAGUUAAAUUUGCAAAAUAUUAUUUCAAAAUUCUUGUUUUGACAGUUUGGUCAGAUAAUUUGUUAAAAAUUUAACUUGAAUUCUUAAUUUGACUUUAUUUUGAAAAUAAUCUUGGUGAAAGAUAAUUUUGAUAUUUUUCAUAUUUUUAUUUGUUCACUAAGAUGACUUAUUGCUUUUUUAAUGAAGUUAAAUAUAUGUGGAUUUAUUUCAAGCAACUGAAAUGUCACAACUAAAAAAAACUUUCAGUUAAAGCAAAUAUUUUAACUUCAACAUGACAAACAUGUUUGCUUUUAUUCUCAGUCUCUUGACUUUACACAAAACUGACUUCAGUUCCAAACUUGAAUUUCAAUGAAAACUAACAGAUUUUAAAGGGAAAACUGUAGAACUGAACGGUUUGUAAAUGUAAAAUAAGUGAAUUAAUUUUCUCCUAGUGCUCCUGAAGCCUUAAAUCUGUGUGUAACUUUCUUCUCUUUUCACUCUGUUCACAUUUGAACAUUUUCCCUCCAAGCCACUGCACAGAGGCUUUACGCUCUUCUCACCUGUCCACUGGAAACUUCACAGAUUCUGUGCUAAAAAAUGUUUUGACUUCAUGCUUUAUUUUUUACCUGUUCAGCAGGUAACCAGUUAACUCACCCGUCAGCUGUUAUCGAUCAGAUUUGUCUGUACUUUUCAUUGAUCAAAGUUUGCUUUUCAUCAGUGUUGUGUGUAAGUUGUAAAGUUUUUCCUCGGUCCAGGAGAUCCAGGCUCGUCUCUUCAGUGUCAUUGAUGAUGUAGUUGGUGGAGCUGCCAGCUGAAUGUAUCCUUGCCGAUCAGAAGCAAAGACUGCUUUAACCCAGAGACGUAUGACUGAGGACACGGUUUGCACUGUAAAACGCUUUUAGGGCCUUUUGGAAGCUGUUGAGAUGUUGUGUUGACGUGUUCGUACAUCACAGCUUUUGUACACAGUUAUUGUGCAUGUUGGCGGUCGUCUUCUUCUGUUGCUCACUUUACAAACUCUACAUUUUCCUGUAUUUAUUUAUUGGAAUACACAUUAGCAGAAAAAAUA